CUGAUCUAGAAAAUAGGGAGAAGGGUGUCCAGGGAAACAGAAGAGAAUGGCAGGCUGCUUGAACCAGGUUGUCGGCCCAAAAGGAUGAUCAAGAGGACCCAGAGCCGGGGUUCCUAUUUUGGGCUGGUGAUCCAAAGCCAAGCUGAGGGCGGGAGCCUGGGAAGGCGUGGCCUCACUUCUGCCCCGCCUCUCCUACAAAGCGAUUGGUCGCGGAAGGGACUACAAACCGGUGCAUCAUGGGAGUGGCCCAGACUACAGCGGUGCAUCAUGGGUGGGCUUUAGCGGGACCUGAGCCUACGGGACAGUCUUGACCGCCCUGAACGGCAACGCAGAGCAUCUCGGGAGGUCUGUUCGAGGAUCAGUUGGAAGGCGACCGGAGUCGCCCACCCAUGCCCGGCUACGAGCUGCCUUUGGGCACGUGCCUGGAUAUGUGUCCGGCCAACGAGCGCACCCGGCGCGAAAAGGAGUGCCGCCUGCACCGCUUCGAGGUGGCGCCGGGGUGCCCUGGGGACCGGCCUCGAGCCGACCCGCAGCGCGCCGUGAAGGAAUACAGCCGGCCGGCCGCCGGGAAGGCGCGGCCCCCGCCGAGCCAGCUGCGUCCGCCGUCCGUCCUGCUGGCCACCGUGCGCUAUCUGGCCGGAGAGGUGGCCGAGCGCACCGACGCAUCUCGUGCCGAGGUGGCCAGCUUCGUGGCGGACCGGUUGCGGGCGGUGCGGCUGGACCUGGCCCUGCAGGGCGCGGGUGACGCCGAGGCAGCGCUGGUGCUGGAAGCGGCGCUAGCAGUGCUGCUGGCGGUGGUGGCGAGACUCGAACCCAACGCAUCCCACGGGCUGGCUGAUCCGAUGUUGCUUCAGGCCCAGGUGCAGGAGAGCUUCGGUUCUCUGCGGCGCUGCUACGCGCUGGGUGCCGGGCCACACCCUCGCCAGGCCACCUUCCAGGGUCUCUUUCUGCUUUAUAACCUGGGCUCCGUGGAGGCCCUUCACGAGGUUCUGCAGCUGCCGGCCCCCCUGCGUUCCUGCCCGGCGCUGCGCACCGCCCUGGCAGUGGACUCCGCCUUCCGCGAAGGCAACGCUGCACGCCUGUUUCGCCUGCUCCGCUCCCUGCCCUACCUGCAGAGCUGCGCUGUCCAGUGUCAUGUGGGCCGUGCGCGCCGGGGAGCCCUGGCCCGCCUCGCUCGUGCUCUGAGCACCCCCAAGGGUCAGCCGUUGCCCCUGAGCUUCAUGGUCCACCUCCUGGCCCUAGAUGGGCCCGAGGAGGCCCGGGACCUGUGCCAGGCUCACGGACUGCCCUUAGAUGGACAGGAGAGAGUUGUGUUCCUGAGGGGUCGCUACAGGGAGGAGGGGCCGCCACCUGCCGGGACCUGCCAGGUGUUGGUGGAGAGCAAACUUGGGGGGCGCACCCUGGAAGAGGUGGUCAUGGCAGAGGAGGAAGAUGAGGCUGUGAACAGACCCCAGUCCCCAGCGUGAGGAGAGGCUGUGCAGUCUCCCCGAGCCCCAGGACGGGGCUGGAGCACUCAGGUUUCUUGUUCACAGUUCUCGUGCAAUAAACGGACCUUGUCUUGCAGGGACAA